AUGUCGAUUAAGCGUACUACGAAUAUUGAAAUGCCGAAAUUAAAACGGUGUAAAUUGGAGGAACCUGAUGGUGUAGGUCAUGGAGGAUGUUCUGGGAUUGAGAAGAAGCAUAGGGUGAAUGAGUUUUACUCUUUGGGUGACGCUGAGGAUUUCAGCAGUGGUUCGGCUUCUUGGAAUAGUGAAGUUUCGCAUUCUGCAUGUGAUGCUGGUGGUGAGGUUGAGUUUAAUUCAAGUUCUGUGUCUCGGCCCCCGUUAUUGCGGUCCUCACGUGGCCGCCUUCAGACGCUUCCGUCGAGGUUUAAUGAUUCUGUGGUUCUUGAUACAUGGAAGAAUCGUGGAAUGAAAACGGAGGAUGGAGAUGGGGAUGGAGAUUCCAGCUUUGAUGAUGAUAAGAGUUUUGUUGAGAAUGAUCAAGUUAAGUAUAGUGAUGGGAAUUGUUUGAAGAAUUCGGUGUUUUUUCCAUUUGCUGAAAUGAAGGUAGAUGAAAGGGAGGGUGGUAAUUUGUCUAGUGUGGGUAGAAAGAAGAUGAAGACUGAUAGUAAUGCUUCUGGUUCUGGUCUUAGUUUUGAGGAUGUAGAGCAAAAGAAUAAUGGGAAUGAUGGAAAGAGGAGAGAGGUUUAUAGGCCAGAGGAUUUUGCUCUUGGUGAUAUUGUUUGGGCCAAAUGUGGGAAGAGAUAUCCGGCUUGGCCGGCUGUGGUGAUUGAUCCCCUAUUAGAGGCUCCUAAAUCCGUCUUGGACUGUUGUGUUCCUUAUGCAAUAUGUGUGAUGUUUUUUGGUUAUUCAAAAAAUGGAACUCAAAGGGAUUAUGCAUGGGUGAAACAGGGUAUGAUAUUCCCCUUCUCUGAGUUCUUGAACAGAUUUCAGGGGCAGACCCAGUUGUUCAAGUGCAAACCAAGUGACUUUCGCAUGGCCGUGGAGGAGGCAAAGUUGACAAAAGAUGGUAUUCUGGAAUCACAUUUGCGAGCGGAGGAAUUGUCUAAUGUAGAAGCUUAUCCUGAUAGAGUUGAAGAGGUCAUAAUUUCAAAUAUUGAUCAGGAAUAUUACUGCCAGGACCAGGAUACUAGAUGUUGUGACAGCUGUCGUUUGAUGUUGCCAUGCAAAACCAUGAAGAAGGUUAAGGGUUCAAGUUAUGCACCACAAUUUCAUUGCAAACACUGUUCUAAGUUACGAAAAUCAAAACAAUAUUGUGGAAUUUGCAAAAAGAUUUGGCACCAUUCUGAUGGUGGGAAUUGGGUAUGUUGUGAUGGUUGCAAUGUAUGGGUGCAUGCUGAGUGUGACAAAAUUUCUACCGAACAUUUCAAGGAUCUGGAAAAUACCGAUUACUAUUGUCCAGAUUGCAAGAAAAGUAUCAAUUGUAAACUACCAGAAUCAACAGCAUACGCGUCAAAAAUCAAAUCAGUGGAGUAUAACCAAAAUGGCGUGGUUCCUGAGAAGUUAAUGGUGGUGUGCAAUGGAAUGGAAGGAAUUUACUUCCCAAAGCUUCAUUUAAUUAUGUGCAAGUGUGUCUCUUGUGAUUCAAAGAAGCGGACACCCAGUGAAUGGGAACGACAUACUGGAAGCAGAGCCAAAAAAUGGAAAUACAGUGUGAAAGUGAAAAGCACAAUGCUACCACUUGAAAAAUGGAUCACGGAGCACAUUUCACAAGAUGGAGUUCCCCAGGAAUUAAAUCAGCAGCAGGUGCUUGCUUUUUUGCAAGAGAAGUAUGAGCCAGUUCGUGCAAAAUGGACGACAGAAAGAUGUGCUGUUUGUAGAUGGGUUGAAGAUUGGGAAGAUAACAAAUUUAUCAUCUGUAACAGGUGCCAAAUAGCCGUACACCAAGAAUGCUAUGGUGCAAAGCAUGUUCAGGAUUUUACUUCUUGGGUUUGUAGAGUGUGUGAAACUCCUGACGUUGAAAGAGAAUGUUGCCUCUGUCCAGUAAAAGGUGGUGCUCUGAAGUCAACUGAUGUCGAGAUGUUGUGGGUUCAUGUAACAUGCGCUUGGUUUCAACGUGAAGUUGUUUUCAAAAACCCUUUGGUCAUGGAACCUGCCCUUGGAAUUCUUAGAAUUCCUCCUAAUUCCUUUGUGAAGACUUGCGUAAUUUGUAAACAAAGUCAUGGUUCUUGUACAAGUUGUUGCAAGUGUGCGACUUAUUUUCAUGUAAUGUGCGCAUCAAGAGCUGGGUAUACCAUGGAAUUGCAUUCCAGGGUGAAGAAUGGGAUUCAAAUAACAAAGAAGUUAAUUUACUGUGCAGUUCAUAGAGUCCCAAGUCCAGAUUCUGUACUGGUUGCACAUUCUUCCCUGGGGAUUUUCUCGCCUAGAACUUCGAUUCAAAAUCAAAAGGGAUACUUCCGGGGAUCGAGAUGCCGUGUACACCGAAGUUCUCCAAUUAAGAGAGCCGAUGUGCCAAUAAUUCACUUGCUGAGAGGACCCAGCCUUCAUUCUAUAAGUGAAAUAACUCGAUUGAACAAUUAUAAGGAUGCUAAAGUAUUUACUUCUUUCAAGGAACGUCUUCACCAUCUGCAGAAAACUGAAAAACUUAGAAUUUGCUUCGGAAAAUCGGGUAUUCAUGGAUGGGGUCUUUUUGCUCGAAGAGAUAUACAAGAAGGAGAUAUGGUUGUUGAGUAUCGUGGUGAGCACGUAAGGCGUAGUAUUGCCGAUCUGAGGGAAGCAAAAUAUCGUUCAGAAGGCAAAGAUUGCUAUUUGUUCAAGAUCAGUGAGGAAGUAGUCAUUGAUGCAACACACAGGGGAAAUAUAGCACGUUUAAUAAACCACUCUUGCAUGCCAAACUGCUAUGCAAGGAUUUUGAGUUUGGGUGAUCAAGGGAGCCGGAUUGUUCUUAUUGCCAAAACCAAUGUUUCUGCUGGUCAAGAACUAACGUAUGAUUACUUGUUCGAUCCAGAUGAGCAGGAAGAAUUGAAAGUUCCCUGCCUUUGCAAAGCACUCAAUUGUAGAAAAUUUAUGAACUAG